AUGGGUAAAUACGACGCAAACCCUUUUCAGUUCGUUCAGCCAUCUCAACAUUUCCUUUAUCAAAAUUCGCCAUCAACGUCUUUUUAUCAAAACUUACCAUCAACGUCCUUUUCUCAUAACUCACCAUCAACAUCUUUUAAUCAAAAUUCGCCAUCAACGUCUUUUUCUCAAAACUCUCAUAAUUCUUUUGCAUCGUCUACUCCUUCUCAUACACCAGUCCCUUUACUUUCAACAGACAGCGAGAUACCAUAUAAUUCGGUUAUUUCUGCAUCUACGCCAAACAACAAAAACUUACAAUCAUCGGAGUGUAUGGGGUUUAAUUUCCAGGAAAACUUAGAUUCUACUUUAGUUUAA